UCGCCAGAUGUUCCAACCCUCGACCUGGAGGGCCAGGAGACUGUGUUCGUCAGACCUCUAACCAUUGACCAACCUGGUAUGAGAGACUCUGUGAGUGUCGCGGGACACUCUCCAGUGGGGUUGGAAUUGGUGACAAAGGACACCGAAAAGCAGUUCAAACCUGUCUCUGUUCAAGCGCUUUGGGCUGCGUUUCAAGCUGUUAACAGAGCAUGUCACGUAGCCAGAACAAACGCAUACUUUUCCAGAGGACUUACGCAUGACUGGAUCAGUUAUUAUCACAACUUGCCUGCCUCGGAUACUUGUCAGAUGCAGGAAUGGUUGAAGACGGACGAUAUCGACAGCUUUAACCGCUACGUUCCUCCACAAGCCCCCUUAUCGGACGACGCCACUGAUGAGGAGAAAGAACGUCGCCGGAUGGAGACUCUCUUGGCAGCGAAACUUCAGGAAAUCAUGUACUCGGUUGAUCUGGAGGAGGUUACAGUGUUACAGCUUCGCCAACGUCUCGAAGAGGAACUGCAGCAACCAUUACGGGAUUAUCGACAUUUCAUUGAGGAAGAAGUCCUAACCAUCUACGGGCGAAUGGAUGAAGCCAGUGCUAUACUGGAUCAUUUGCUUCUCGGUACUACCUUUAAUGCAUCCAAUCGAGCUGAACUAGAACGCCGAUCUGUCUCACACAUUCUGAACGUCACCAGAGAGGUGGACAACUUUUUUCCAGGAGAGAAAUUCGAAUAUAAGAAUAUACGUGUGUACGACGAUGAACAGUCAUCACUUUUGUCCCAUUUUGAAGAAAUCCACCGGUUCAUCAACGAGGCGAAAGCGCAAGGCACGGCUUGUUUGGUUCACUGCAAAAUGGGCAUAAGUCGAUCGGCUACAGCGGUGAUUGCGUAUGUGAUGAAAGAGCACAAUUGGGAUUUGGAUACUGCCUUUGCAUUUGUCAAGUGCCGCCGUCCAUGCAUUCAACCCAACCCAACAUUUAUGCGCGAACUUCGUACAUAUCAGGGGAUAUUGGAGGCAAGCUCCAACCGUCACAAGCCCAUUUUUUGUAAGGAACCCGCGGAAUUUGGUCGAUCACCCAAUCCCAUACCCUAUCUAGUUCCCGAAUCGUCGCCUAAUACGGCCGUGUCUGACACGGCUAGCCGAAAUCCUGAGGGACCUCCGUCCUGCACAGAGGAUCUACCCCCUCGGUCUUCAGCGUCAACGCCAACACCUGCGUUAUCUUCCAGUUCUUCAGAUACUCGAACUAGCAGUUCGGUGGAUUUAGAGGUCGAGUUAUUCGCUUACAAACAGUGCAGCCAGUCACCCGGACUCCGUGACGUUUUAGCCCUGAUUGAGGCAGACCCCUGUGCUCCAUUCACGCUACCGGCUGAUCCUUCCAGUCAGCCGGGCGUCAGAGAUUUCGGACCAUACCGAGUCUGGGACUUGGGGGGUAAAGAUGUUAGCCAGCUGACGUAUGCGGACCGAUCAGCUAUUGUUCUGGCUCAGAAUUCCCAUUGUCUUCGUCAGUGGCAUCCCGAUCUUGUAGAGAAUGUGAACCAAGGAGACAUUGGGCUGGUAACGAAAAUGUCGGUCAAAUCGCUGCCACAGUUACGUUUUGGGGAUGUCAGUGCGGGCUUUUCCGAACCCAUCGAAACUAUUGAGGAAAUUUCUAUUCCGCCCAUUGUGGAGCCAUUGUUGAUAGCACCCGGUUCACUCCCCACCGAACGGGCGAACUCACCAUUGGAAUGCCACAUCCACGUACAUCAACAUUUAGCCCAACUAGCGCUUCCGAUCAUAUCUUCCCCGUCAUUAUUGUACACAGGCGUCGAGCGACAUGCGGAUUCGACGGAGACAGUGUUACCUUUGACUUCCAGAAACUCCGCUAAUGAGCUUCGUCUGGUGGAAUCCGUUCGGCCCUUCUAUGUAUUCAAGAUGGCUUGCAAAUUAGCAGAACCCUGUACAAUCCAGUCCUCAUUGAUCUGCAGUAACACCACGCCCAAACGUCCAAAUCAGGUCACGUGUGCUCCGUGCCCUCGUGCUUCACCACAGUCUCCCCACCGUCACCUCAUUCUACCUGGAUGCUCUAACUCGUUAGUCGGUGGAAGUCCUCAAAUAGAACUCGUUACCAGUCGCCUGACUCGGUCUGCUGGCCAGACACCUGUGAAAGAGCAGAUAACACUCACUCCGUCAGCCGCCGUCCCCUCAUCCUGUACAUCUGGGGCAGCUUUCGAACGAAUGACAUACUGGAGUAAGCGACGUGACUCUGCUAGUGCUCAGGAUACCCCACCUACCACGGGGAUAUUCCGAUCGGCUCGAAAUCCGCCGACCAUCGGACAAGUCAGUCCUAUCGGUCGAACACAGUCGGUCCGAGCUCGGUCCAACCAAACAUCCACCUUACGUCUUCGACCUGACAACAGUUGGAUUGUGUGUCCCAAUCCCUCAUCCAAUGCUAUUACAGAAGCGGACAAUCAUCUAUGUCCCCCCGGUUCUACUGACAAGGCCACCGAGAAGCCCUUGACAUCGAAAUCCCAAUCGAUACCAAAUCACAAAGUUUCUCAACUUAGGACCCAGUUGCUACAGCCGCCCACUGCUAGACCAUCUUCUGAGCCGACUAGCUUGAGUAUUGUUGCAUCAGAAACUGUACGACUACCCAUAAACCCAAGGUUCGUUGUAGGAGGUUCACUUCCAAAGCCUUGCAAAAAUGCUUCGUCCAAUCCGUUGUCCAGUUUCAGGCAUUUUGGCAGUUGGGCGCGCCAUAACUCCAUCCCCAGUGGAUCCACAUUCCUUUCUCAUGUUUCUCCCUACCUUUCAAAACGAGCCAUGUGGCGCUCCAAACAGCUGCUGACUUUUCAUUGUCUAUUUUUGUUCGGAAAAUUCAGAGAUCCUAUUUUUCUCCCAACACUUUCUGUCACGCACACAAUGGCACGAUUCUAUCUGAAUAUUCCAAAUGUUUUCUCCGAAAUGUAUCCAGAUUUUAUUUCUUCUUAG